AUGUAUGGAGCAGGGAAGCCCUACAAAUGCAUUGAGUGUAACAAGAGUUUCCGAUACAGUUCAGUGCUGCACCUCCACCAGCGUACACAUGCUGGGGAUUGCUGCUACCGAUGUCUAGAGUGUGGUGAGGGUUUUGCACAGAAUUCAGAGCUUAGGGCCCAUCAGCGCACACAUGCUGGUGAGACCCUUUACAUCUGCAAUGAGUGUGGCAAGAGCUUCCACCAGAGUGCCUAUCUAGAUUUGCACCAGAGCACCCAUACUCGAGGCAGGCCCUGCAAAUGCCAUGUCUGUGGGAAACACUUUCGCUAUCACUCUGUCCUCUACUGCCACCAGCGACAUCAUCCUCGAGAAAUGCCCUACCAAUGCCCUGUCUGUGGAAAAAGUUUCCGCCAGAGUGCCUAUGUCUUCCACUAUGAAAGGACCCAUAGUGGUUCUACUGCUCUCACUACAGGUGUGCUCCCUUCAGAACCAAAACCCAGUGGAGAUAGGUUUAUUGUUCAUACAGGACCUAUCCUGCCUGCCCCAUUGCACCCUGAGGAAAAACCCUAUCAGUGUGUUGAGUGCCAUCGGGACUUCCGAAGUAGCUCAGGGCUGCUGAAACAUCGUCGUGUACAUGAGGCUGGUAAGCCCUUCAAGUGCAGCCAAUGUGAAAGGAGGUUUGAUAGUGGGGAACAGCUCUCUGCACACCAGAAGCGAAGCCACAGUCAUAGACAUGGUGGGGCCAAGCUGGAGGGAGCCCACAAGUGCCUCGUGUGUGGGGAAGUCUUUAGACAGGCUUCAGAGCUUCAGGCCCAUCAGGGUUCACAUGGGAUGACCCGAAUCCACCGGUGCAAUGUGUGUGGAAAGAGCUUUAGUAAAAGCUCAACCCUGACACGACACCAGCAGACACACACAGGGGAGAAGCCAUUCAAGUGCCCCGAGUGUGGGAAGUGCUUCACAGAGAGUGCCACCCUGGUACGACAUCACCGAAUUCAUACAGGGGAGAAGCCUUAUGCCUGCCCAGACUGUGGGCGGAAGUUCAGUGAGAGUUCCACACUAAUGAGGCACCGGAGAAGCCAUAAGGGGGAGAAGCCACACCAAUGCACCACAUGUGGCAAGAGCUUUGGGCAGCGGUCAGACCUGAUUGUUCAUCAAAGGAUUCACACUGGGGAAAAGCCCUUUCCCUGUCCAGAGUGUGGCCGACGAUUUAGUGACCGCUCAGACCUCACAAAGCACAAGCGUACCCACACAGGUGAAAAGCCAUACCGGUGUGAAGAAUGUGGCAAGUUCUUUACGUGUGUUUCCAACUUAAAUGUUCAUAAGAGGAACCAUGCAGGUGAUAAGCCCCACAAGUGCCCUGAGUGUGGCAAAUGUUUCAGUGUGGGCUCCAAACUGACCCUGCACCGAAAGACCCACCAAGGUGAACGCCCUUCAGAGUGUGCUGAGUGUGGGAAGUGCUUUAGCCACAGCCGAUCCCUAUCACAGCACCAGAGGGCCCAUGCUCGUGCCAGGGCAGCUGCAGGAGCCACUGCAGGUGGGCUAGUUGGGGUGGCACCUACCCUGAUCUUUUCGGUAGACCCUGGCCAAGAGAAGUCAGGCCUGAUGGUGACAGGAGUAGGAGAGAGGUACUAAACCACAUAGAUAUAAAACACUAAUGAUCACUUUUUCUUUAACCUUCCAAAAGGAAGUCUGGGGGACUGGGGGAAAGUUUUUACUAAUGGGAAAAGAUAGUAGUGGGGCUCUGAACUUUUAUCUUCUGUCCUUCCUAUGUAUAUCUUCUUUCACCACAUUCUUAGUCUCUUUCCUCAUUUGCUGUUAGUUUUUUUUAGUUUUCUGUAUUCCAGUGUUUUAUUUGUCACCUUUCUUUUUCUGAGUAUGUACUUUGCCUCUUCCAGUCUUUACACUUCCUUAUAUUCCCAUCUGUAUCAUCUCUGUAGUAGCAGUGAAUAUAGUGGAAGUCAUGUUGAACUAACCUGCUCUGUCUGGAUGGAAGAGAGAUCCCAGACGUGUUAAAAAAGGCCAGUGUUUUUUGUCUUGGUUUGUUCCCUAUUUGUCUAUGCCUUAUCUCCUUCCUUUGUCUGCAUCUUUCACCUUUGUUUCUUUUCCCACCUCAGUAUUCUUAUGUCUCUAUUUUUCCUUCCUACCUCAUUUUUCUUGUUUUCUGUCCUUUCUUACUCCUCUUUUAGAUGUCUCAUUUUUGCUGUCUUUUUCUCUAUUUCCAUGUAUGCAUGUCUAUUGCUCCCUUUAUUUCUGUGGGGUUAACAGAAAGAGAAAAUUGAGAGUGAAUGAAGUAUGGGUAGAAUAAUAGGGAUAAGAAGGGUAGGUGUGAAAAUAUAAAAAAAUCUGGAAAGGGGCUCCAAAAUUGUACAAACCAAUGCAUGUCAGAGAUAGCUUUAUACCAGUGAGAUUGAAGGUAAGGGACAGAGGGUAUACAUGCGGUUUCUUACAAACAAUCCACUGAGCCAUCCCCAUCAAAAAUCCUGGGCCAGUCAAAAUAAUAUAUGUUGGUAGACUUAACUAACUCCUGUGCUCCCAGAUUGUGAAAGCUGGGGUUCUUCAUAUAUUGAGAAGGAAGGUGGAUAAUUGCCCUAAGCCAAAAGGUUAUAUUUCAAUUAUUUGACUCCCCAAUGGAGCAUGAAAGUAAUUUGCAAAGCUAAUUUGGAGUGACCCUGCAGCCUCAGUCUUUAUCCUUGAGACUGAAGAAGAUGGAAGGAGAAUGGAGAAAACCAGAAGAAACCCCUAGAUAUCUAUCCCUUUCUCCCUGUAAUUGGUCAUUAGAAUAAAUUUUUUUUAAUUUUGGUUC